GCUUGUGGCGCCAGAAUUCGGAGCGCGGAAGAGCCUGAGCGGCUGCCGCCCAGAGCCGGAGCCGUCUCCCGCCGCGGACGCCGAGACAGCCCUGGACGGAAGAUGGUGGUCCACCGCAGCAGCUUGGAGAUACACGGCCACUCCGCCACCUCGGCCUCGGACUCCUUGGACCUGUCCAGCGAGUUCCUCAGCCUGGAGCAGAUCGGCCGGAGGCGGCUCCGCUCGGCCGGCGCCGCGCAGAAACCCGCUGUCACCGCGGCGGGCGAUGGGUCUUCAGUUAAGGAAGUUGAAACCUACCACCGGACACGUGCUUUAAGGUCUUUGAGAAAAAAUGCACAGAAUUCUUCAGAUUCUAGUUUUGAUAAGAAUAUGGAAGUAAUGGAGAAUCAUGCUAAUGGCAGGCAUUUUACAAGGCAGUUGGCCAGACAGCAGGCUGAUAAAAAAAAAGAAGAGUGCAAAGAAGACAAAGUGAUUCCAGUUACUCGAUCAUUGAGGACUAGAAACAUUGUUCAAACUACAGGCCACUUACUUGAAGAGAAUGGUGAUGUUGAAGUGCGCCGCAGUUGUAGGAUUAGAAGUCGUUAUAAUACUGUGAACCAGUCUGUGUUAUUUGACAAACUUAUAACAAACACUGCUGAAGCUGUACUUCAAAAAAUGGAUGACAUGAAGAAAAUGCGUAGACAGCGAAUGAGAGAACUUGAAGACUUGGGAGUGUUUAAUGAAACAGAAGAAGGCAAUCUUAAUAUGUACACAAGAGGAAAACAAAAAGGUAUUCAAAGAACUGAUGAAGAAACAACUGAUAAUCAAGAAGGCAGUGUGGAAUCAUCUGAAGAAGGUGAAGACCAAGAAGAUGAAGAUGAUGGUGAAGAUGAAGAUGAUGGUGAAGAUGAAGAUGAUGAUGGUGAAGAUGAAGACGAUGAUGAAGAAGAUGAUGAUGAUGAUGACGACGAUGAAGACGACGAUGAUGAAGAUGGAGAAGAAGAUAAUCAGAAACGCUAUUAUCUCAGACAAAGAAAGGCUACUGUUUACUAUCAGGCUCCAUUGGAAAAACCUCGUCACCAGAGAAAACGCAACAUAUUUUAUAGUGGCCCAGCUUCUCCUGCAAGACCAAGAUACAGAUUAUCUUCUGCAGGACCAAGAAGUCCCUACUGUAAACGAAUGAACAGACGAAGGCAUGCAAUCCACAGUAGUGACUCUACUUCAUCUUCCUCUUCUGAAGACGAACAACACUUUGAGAGGCGGAGAAAAAGGAGCCGUAAUAGAGCUAUCAAUAGGUGCCUUCCACUAAAUUUUCGGAAAGAUGAAUUAAAAGGCAUUUAUAAAGAUAGAAUGAAAAUCGGAGCAAGCCUUGCCGAUGUUGAUCCAAUGCAACUAGAUUCUUCAGUACGAUUUGAUAGUGUUGGUGGCCUGUCGAAUCAUAUUGCAGCUCUAAAAGAAAUGGUGGUGUUUCCAUUACUUUAUCCAGAAGUGUUCGAAAAAUUCAAAAUUCAACCCCCAAGAGGUUGUUUGUUUUAUGGUCCACCUGGAACUGGAAAAACUCUGGUUGCUAGAGCACUUGCCAAUGAGUGCAGUCAAGGAGAUAAAAGAGUAGCAUUUUUCAUGAGGAAAGGUGCUGAUUGUCUGAGUAAAUGGGUAGGGGAAUCUGAAAGACAGCUACGAUUGCUAUUUGAUCAGGCCUAUCAGAUGCGCCCAUCAAUUAUUUUCUUUGAUGAAAUCGAUGGUCUGGCUCCAGUACGUUCAAGUAGGCAAGAUCAAAUUCACAGUUCUAUUGUUUCCACCCUGCUGGCUCUUAUGGAUGGAUUGGACAGCAGAGGGGAAAUUGUCGUAAUUGGUGCUACCAACAGACUAGAUUCUAUAGACCCUGCUUUACGAAGGCCUGGUCGAUUUGACAGAGAAUUCCUUUUUAGCCUACCUGAUAAAGAUGCUCGAAAAGAGAUUCUAAAGAUUCACACAAGGGAUUGGGAUCCCAAACCGCUGGACAUAUUCUUAGAAGAACUAGCAGAAAACUGUGUUGGAUACUGUGGAGCAGAUAUUAAGUCAAUAUGUGCUGAAGCUGCUUUAUGUGCUCUACGUCGACGCUACCCACAGAUCUAUACCACUAGUGAGAAACUACAGUUGGAUCUCUCUUCGGUUAAUAUCUCAGCUAAGGAUUUUGAGGUGGCUAUGCAAAAGAUGAUACCAGCCUCCCAAAGAGCUGUGACAUCACCUGGGCAGGCACUGUCCACCAUUGUGAAACCACUUCUGCAAACCACUGUUCACAAGAUCUUAGAAGCUCUGCAAAGAGUAUUUCCACAUGCAGAAAUCAGAACAAAUAAAACACUGGACUCAGAUAUUUCUUGUCCUCUGCUAGAAAGUGACUUGGCAUACAGUGAUGAUGAUGUUCCAUCAGUAUAUGAAAACGGACUUUCUCAGAAAUCUCUUAAGACAAAAGAAAAUUUUAAUUUUCUUCAUUUAAAUAGAAAUGCUUGUUACCAACCUAUGUCUUUUCGACCAAGAAUAUUGAUAGUGGGAGAACCAGGAUUUGGGCAGGGUUCUCACUUGGCACCAGCUGUCAUUCAUGCUUUGGAAAAAUUUACUGUGUAUACAUUAGACAUUCCUGUUCUUUUUGGAGUUAGUGCUACGUCCCCUGAAGAAACAUGUGCCCAGAUGAUUCGUGAAGCUAAGAGAACAGCACCAAGCAUAGUGUAUGUUCCUCAUAUUCACUUGUGGUGGGAAAUAGUUGGACCAACACUCAAAGCCACAUUUACCACAUUAUUACAGAAUAUUCCAUCAUUUGCUCCAGUUUUACUACUUGCAACUUCUGACAAACCCCAUUCUGCUUUGCCAGAAGAGGUGCAAGAAUUGUUUAUCCGUGAUUAUGGAGAAAUUUUUAAUGUCCAGUUACCAGGUGAAGAAGAACGGACAAAAUUUUUUGAAGAUUUAAUUCUAAAACAAGCUGCUAAGCCUCCUAUAUCAAAAAAGAAAGCAGUUUUGCAGGCCUUGGAGGUACUCCCAGUAGCACCACCACCUGAGCCAAGGCCAUUGACAGCAGAAGAAGUAAAACGACUAGAAGAACAAGAAGAAGAUACAUUUAGAGAACUGAGGAUUUUCUUAAGAAAUGUUACACACAGACUUGCUAUUGACAAACGAUUCCGAGUAUUUACUAAGCCUGUUGACCCUGAUGAGGUUCCUGAUUAUGUCACUGUAAUAAAGCAACCAAUGGACCUUUCAUCUGUAAUCAGUAAAAUUGAUCUACACAAGUAUCUGACUGUGAAAGACUAUUUGAGAGAUAUUGAUCUAAUCUGUAGUAAUGCUUUGGAAUACAAUCCCGAUAGAGAUCCUGGAGAUCGUCUUAUUAGGCAUAGAGCCUGUGCUUUAAGAGAUACUGCCUAUGCCAUAAUUAAAGAAGAACUUGAUGAAGACUUUGAACAGCUCUGUGAAGAAAUCCAGGAUUCUAGAAAGAAAAGAGGUUGCAGCUCUUCCAAAUAUGCGCCAUCUUACUACCAUGUGAUGCCAAAGCAAAAUUCCACUCUUGCUGGUGAUAAAAAAUCAGAUGCAGAGCAGACUGAAAAGCUAAAGACACCCAAUACUCCCAUGGCUUACAGCACUCCUGCUCAGUUGAAGAGAAAAAUUAGCAAAAAGUCGAAGCGGUAUGUAGGCACUAUAACAAAGCGACGGAAGAUUUCACAGGCAAAGGAUGAUUGCCAAAAUGCUGAUGACAAAAUUGAGAGUGAUACAGAGGAAACUCAAGAUACAAGUGUAGACCAUAAUGAAAAUGGAAACACAGGAGAGUCUUCAAUGGAAGAAAAUGAGAAGCAGCAAAAUGCCUCUGAAAGCAAUCUAGAAUUGGGAAACAAUAAUUCAAGUGCUUAUAAUAUUGAGAAUGAACAUAAAGAAUCUAGGAAGACUACAACAUGUACAGAAUUGAGGAAAGAUAAGAUUGCUUGCAAUGGAGAUCCAUCUAGCUCUCAGAUAAUAGAUAUUUCUGAUGAAAAUGAAGCAAAAGAAAUGGGUGUUCUGCGAAUGACUCGAGCUAGGCGUUCCCAAGUAGAACAGCAGCAGCUCAUCAGUGUUGAAAAGGCUUUGGCAAUUCUUUCUCAACCUACACCCUCACUUGUUGUGGACCAUGAGCGAUUAAAAACUCUUUUGAAGACUGUUGUUAAGAAAAGUCAAGAAUAUAAUAUAUUUCAACUGGAAAAUUUAUAUGCGGUAAUCAGCCAGUGUAUUUAUCAGCAUCGCAAUGACUAUGAUAAAACAACACUUAUUCAGAAAAUGGAGCAAGAGGUAGAAAACUUCAUUUGUUCCAGAUCAUGAUGUCAUGGUACCAAGUAUUCUUUAUAUUCAGUUCCUAUUUAAUUCAUUUUUGUCAUGUCCACAUAACUGACGCAGUAUGAAAUCCUGCAUCUUUAAGGAAAAGACUAAAAUAAAAGUAUUUAAACUUUCCUGAUAUUUAUGUACGUAUAUAAGAUAAAUUACAUGUGUAAGAUAACUGAUACAUUGUUGGAAGUUUGCUUGAAUAAGGCACUAGUAGUUGAAGUUUGGCCAACUCUUAAUAAAGUUAUUUUGAUAACUCCUGUUUUAUGGCACUUAAGAGCAAUUAGUAACAUUAAAAUUUUUGUAUUAAGCACUUUUCAUUUUAUCCUUCCUAAAAAUAGUUUAUCAGGAUAGAAACUUAUUUAACUAUUGUCUUUGCCAUCUUUUUUGUCAUCUUUGUUUUAUUGAAUGCCCUUUCAUGUGCCUUUAGCGUCCCUUGUCCAUUCACUUAAAAGCUUAUAUAAGUCAUUUGAAGGAGUGCCCUUGAACAACUUUUGGCUGUACCACAAUUCUGUACUUGAAUAUCAAAACUAGUGUUUUUAGAUAAACAUUUUUAUAAUUCUAAUUUGAGUUAAUAAAGAUUUUAAAUAUUUUUUUGUUUACCUUAAUAAUAACUACCUUGUUAAACAUCUUUUUAAUAGUAAAAAAUUUUUAUAUUUGAAGACUUUAUAUCUUUCUAAAAUUGUGUUUAGGUUAUAUUCUAUAGAUACUGUUUAUAUGCAAUUAUAUAAAUAUUAUAAAUUUUAUAUUAAUGAUACCAAAAAUAGAUUUCUUUCUUAAACCCAAAACCAUUCACCUCCAUGCAUAUUCUUUUUUUGGGGGGUGUCAUUCUAAUAUUAGUUUAUAAAAUAAUGUCUCUUGGAAGGCUUUCAAAGGGCAUAGUGAAUGAUAAUCUAAAAUAAGAUUCUAAGAUUCUGGAUUCUAAUGCAGUUCAGAGUUGAGCUGCCUUUUGUUAUUGAUUUAUCUGGAUAUUAUAUUUAAGGCCUUAUAAAACCCAGUAAACCAGAUAACUUAAUUAAUAAAUACUGUCUUAUGUAAUGCAUAAAGCAAUGCCAGUCAACUGAGAACAUUUAAAUUUGUGUAUAUUCGUGUAGAUAUACAUUUACAUGCUCAUUUUUGUUAAAUUUUAUUAUAACUUAUUCUUCCCGAUGCAUCUUUUAUAACUAGGAUUUCACUUGUGUGUAUAGCUUGUAUAAUAAAUUUUGAAGGUGAAAACU